AUGGAGAGAGAAAGGGAGAUGAACCAUACAAUAAUCACGAAGUUUGUCCUCCUUGGCCUUACUGAUGAUCCUGACCUUCAGAUAGUAAUUUUCCUCUUUUUAUUUAUCACGUACUUACUAAGUGUUGCUGGAAACCUGACUAUCAUCACUCUCACCUUCGUGGAUCCCCGUCUACAAACACCUAUGUAUUUCUUCCUCCGGAACUUCUCUUUUUUAGAAAUCUCAUUUACAACUGUCUGCAUCCCUAGGUUUCUAGUGGCUAUUAUUACCAGGGACAAGACAAUUUCCUACGAUAAUUGUGCAGCUCAGCUCUUUUUCUUUAUCUUCAUGGGAGUGACUGAAUUUUACAUUCUAACCGCCAUGUCUUAUGAUCGCUACGUGGCCAUUUGCAAGCCCUUACAUUACACCACCAUCAUGAGCAGAAAACUCUGCACCCUCCUUGUGUUGUGUGCCUGGCUGGGGGGUUUUCUGACCAUUUUCCCACCCCUGAUGCUUCUGCUGCAACUGGAUUACUGCGCUUCCAAUGUCAUUGACCACUUUGCCUGUGACUACUUCCCCCUCUUACAACUGUCUUGCUCAGACACAUGGCUCCUGGAAGUAAUUGGUUUCUACUUUGCUCUAGUGACUCUGCUCUUCACUCUGGCCUUGGUGAUUUUAUCUUACAUGUAUAUUAUCAGGACUAUUUUGAGAAUUCCAUCUGCCAGUCAGAGAAAAAAAGCUUUCUCCACCUGUUCCUCUCACAUGAUUGUCAUCUCCAUCUCUUAUGGAAGCUGCAUAUUCAUGUAUGCUAAUCCCUCUGCAAAAGAAAAGGCUUCAUUGACCAAAGGAGUAGCUAUUCUCAAUACCUCUGUUGCUCCCAUGCUGAACCCCUUCAUCUAUACCCUGAGGAAUCAACAAGUAAAACAAGCCUUCAAAGAUGUGGUCCACAAAGUAGUGUUUUCCAUCAAAAAAAUCCAAUAG